AUGGAUUCCGAGCAAGGUCCUUAUAAUGCCUGUAGAUAUGAACACCCGGAGGAGUUAGAGGCGAGCCAGGAAAAUAGCGACAACAGGAUAGAUUUGAAAGUGGUGACGGGACCAUCGCCGACAUCUAUGCCGUCAUCUGGUAUCACCACCGCCCACAGCAACACUUCCAAUGACAAGAGUAUUCAAAGCGACGUACCGAACACCGACAAAAUCCUGGUAAUGGAUUCGCCUCAACCACAGUUACUGCCGAUGUCACCAAGCAUAAGUGUCAGAUCAGAACAAGCGUCGGCAAAUAAUAUAUCAACCUCGGGUAUCAGGCCUCAAACCCUCAUAGUAGACAAUAAGAGACUGUCGAGUCCCAUGCCGUCACCUUCUCUUGGUCCAAGCCAAAGCGCUAUCACUAACAACUCGGACGAAAACUCGCUACUUAUGGCAAGUAAGAACGACGAAAAUCCAAUAACAAGUUCUGAGAUAUUUGGUAUGAUAGACCCUCUUCCGGCGGUAGAGAAAUCUGGUGCACGACAGAGCAGUAGCCACAGUCACGAUAUAACCACGAAUCACAACUGGUCCUACGAUUGGAAUAAGCUGCCUGCUCUUGGUACAUCUAUAUUGAAAAAGGGCCCCAACUACAACCAGGUUUUAGUACAUAAAGACGGAAAGAAAAAGGAACUCCAUUAUGAUCCUUCAUACAAUCAACAUUUACCGGAAAUGCACAUAUUUUUGAACUUUAACUCUGACACAUCACAAGGUGAUGCCUUAACAUAUGCCCGAGAAAGGUUGACAGAAUACGUUAGAUUUGUUUCAGAUUAUUUGAAAGUACGAAAAUAUGCCUUUGAGUGUUACCCAUUUAAUAUUCAGCUAGCAUCAACCAUUGAAACUGAGCUCAGAGAGUACGUGUCCUACAAUGCCACACAUAUUUAUAACGAGAUGGGGAUGGUUAUCCAAAUGUGGUACUAUCAAGCUCAAAAGCUACUUCUUCAGUCAAACUCACUACUAUUUUCCACUGAGGUAGUACAACACUUAUUAAAGACUAAGACAUCUUCCAGAAAACAUCAGCAACAAAUCAAUAACCAGCUAGCAAAGGAUGAAAGUUCUUCAGUACUCUCAGCUAAACCAGACUCUUUUGCCCACCACAGAACGGGCAGUAAAAAAACACAUCACAAACUGUGCACAGAUAUUGAUAUUUUAGUAAUACGACCUCAGUUAAUUGUUCAAAUUGGAUGGCAACUGGCUUGCGAUGAACCUAGUUUGAACAUUGGUGAUUUUCCUUUGGACCUUUCACCCUGGUUACACGACGAGGAAGACAGAAAGAUUAUUAGUCAAACUGCAUCUUCCGUGCCGAAAGAAAGUUGUUACAAACUGGUAUCCGAUGAAAGCGAAUUGGAAGUAUUAAACGAUGAGAACGCGCACAGUGUGCUGGUUGACUGCAUGGAUAGAAGCUAUACCUUAUUACAAGAACAAGAUAAAUUCGAGGUUGAUACCAACGAUAAAGAUUCAGGACUGUUUAACGUAGAAGGUGAAAAGCAACACGAUGAAUUACCCAAACUUAAGAAAUCAACGACCAAAACUAACAAAAAGUCCGGAUUUGUUAACUUUUUCAAACGGAAGCAUACACACGAAGACUCAACCGAUAACCUCACUAGCCCCACAAUAGCCACGAACAAGCCUGAUCAUGCAAAAGCUAAGCUCAAGGAUUUAUCCUUAGGGGAACCAAUGGUAAACUUACCAAGCAAUUUAGCAUCACCAUCCUUAUCGAUUGCUCCUAAGUCAAAUAAGGACAACGUUAAUAGUCUUCUAAACUCAACCACUUGGUUAGUUGAUUACUACUCUAAUUUAAUGAAUAAUUAUAAGAAAGUCACGCUUCCGACACAAUUCAUAAUCCCAGAUGAAAUCCAAGAAUCUGUCAAUACAACUAAUUCAAGCGAGAGACCAAAAUCUCUACAAAGAAAGCCAAGUAAUGCACUCCUAUAUGGUAAGGAGUACCUUCAACUUCGUCUACCCUUCAAGGAUAACUCUUUGCCUGCUAUUUAUUGCCCAUGGGUAUGGAGUGAAUUACCACACAGUAAAUGGAAAGCUUUAUUGCGAGAGAUGUACAGGACUGUCACACCGGGCGGCUAUGUUAUGGCUGUCGCUGCUGAUAUUAGUAUGUCGAACACAUUCUCUGUCAAUGAUCCUGAGUUAAAUGAAUCAACAUUCAAGACUACUAUUGAGAGGGACAAAACGUAUGAUGCAGUAUCUCUCGAAGCCAUUAAUAGAGGUUUACAUAUUCACACUACAAAGCACCUAUUUAAGGCAUUUAAGGAGUCUGGAUUUAUCAACAUUAAAUCAUCUAUCCUAUCUCUAAAAACGGGUGACUUAGAUACUCAAAUGGGCUUCCUCAAUGAAUUUUUGGCAAUUGUACAUUGGGAUCACAUGAUGAGAAAAGUCUUUCCAGAUGCAAGUAAUCCACCGAAAGAUACUGAUCCUACAACAUUACCAAUGAGAUAUUUUGAAGAACAUUUAGGUAAAGUAGAUGAUAACGCAGGAUGUUAUAGAAUGCUUUUCCUUGUUGCCCGGAAGCCAAAGAAAUAA